UACUAGUCCUGAUGAAACGUUGGCUAGCUCCUGUACUACUACUAGUCCUGAUGAAACGUUGGCUAACUCCUGUACUACUACUAACCCUGAUGAAACGUUGGCUAACUCCUGUACUACUACUAGUCCUGAUGAAACGUUGGCUAACUCCUGUACUACUACUAGUCCUGGUGAAACGUUGGCUAACUCCUGUACUACUACUAGUCCUGGUGAAACGUUGGCUAACUCCUGUACUACUACUAGUCCCUGUGAAACGUUGGCUAACUCCUGUACUACUACUAGCCCUGAUGAAACGUUGGCUAACUCCUGUACUGCUACUAGUCCUGAUGAAACGUUGGCUAACUCCUGUACUAUUACUAGUCUUGAUGAAACGUUGGCUAACUCCUGCACUACUACUACUAGUCCUGAUGAAACGUUGGCUAACUCCUGUACUACUACUAGUCCUGAUGAAACGUUGGAUAACUCCUGUACUACUACUAGUCCUGAUGAAACGUUGGCUAACUCCUGUACCACUACUAGUCCUGAUGAAACGUUGGCUAACUCCUGUACUACUACUAGUCCUGAUGAAACGUUGGCUAACUCCUGUACUACUACUAUUACUAUUCCUGGUGAAACAUUGGCUAACUCAUGUACUAUUACUAGUCCUUGUGAAACGUUGGCUAACUCUUUUACUGCUACUAGUCCUGAUGAAACGUUGGCUAACUCUUGUACUAUUACUAGUCUUGGUGAAACGUUGGCUAACUCCUGUACUAGUACUAACCCUGAUGAAACGUUGGCUGACUCCUGCACUACUACUUACUCUGAUGAAACGUUGGCUAACUCCUGUACUACUACUAGUCCUGAUGAAACGUUGGCUGACUCCUGUACUAGUACUAACCCUGAUGAAACGUUGGCUGACUCCUGCACUACUACUUACUCUGAUGAAACGUUGGCUAACUCCUGUACUACUACUAGUCCUGAUGAAACGGCCAAUGCACGGUACUUAGUCAACGAUGAGGCAAGCUUCACAACAUACGCGCGUAUGAUAAUUCUUGGCCCUGUGCCAACCUGUAGACUUGCCACAUACUGUGUAGAUAUCAAAGUG